AAAUAACCGUUGCGCAUUUCGGUCACGCAUCUGGAACCCAGUAUAUUUAUGUCGACUGCAACCGAAAGUAAACUUGACAGCAAAUUUUAUUACAAUAAGUGUUGCCUUCGAUUUGUUGCAAGAAGAAUAACAUUACAUCAUUUUCCAACAUUCUAGUGAGGCACUGCAAAAUGUUGAAUCUGAGUGCAAAAACAAAACAUCAUUCCAAGACGAACCGAUCCGACAAGUAAAAAUGCAUCAGAGAAAGUAGGGCACAACCUCGUUUUCGUAUCUAUGGAUGUCUUCGUGAGAAACCAUCAUGUGGACAAAAACACUUUUUAUGACAAUGUCAUUUUAUUUUACACAUAAUAAACAUUUAACAGGACAAUAUUCAACUAAUGCUUAAAUUGUGAUGACUUGAAGCACAUGUCACGGAAAAGUAAACCAGGAAAUUCUGCUGCUGCUGAGAGAUUGGCAGAUUAUACUGGUGAAACAGCAAUGCCUUUUCCAGGCCCUGGAAUGGGGUCCUCAGGCUCCGGUUCAGGAUCGUUUGACCAUGAGGAAUAUGCUCAUGCUGGAGCUACAAUGGUCAGUGUUGCUAGUGAUACCAAUGAUUUAGAUGACAUGUCUUCAUCGUUGGAUGAAAUGGAUAUUCAGCGAGACAUAUCAAAGCAUCCUCAAGAUAAAAAGGCAAGUUCUGGAAGUAUCGGUUCACUAGAUCCUAUUCGACAGAAAGAGGUUACAGUGAAAACACCUGGACAGAAGAAUCCUAAGCCUACUGUUAAGAAAGCUACACUUAAAGCUGAUUUAGAUGUUGCAAAGGAGUUCAAGAAAUGUAAAGAAGAGGAGGCAAAGAGAUUAGACUUGAGCAAGUCACAGAUUACAGUAAUUCCAAGCUUAGUAAAAGAGUUAACACAACUCCAAGAGUUUUAUUUGUAUGGUAACAAAUUAGGAACAUUGCCAUCAGAAAUAGGAUAUUUAACAAAUUUAUCCAAGUUAGGACUAAGUGAAAAUUCAUUGACAAAUUUACCGGACACUCUUGAAAAUCUGAAACUGAUCCGUGUUCUUGAUCUCCGACACAAUAGGCUGAAUGAGAUUCCAGAAGUUGUUUACAAAUUACGAUCGUUAACAACAUUAUUUUUGCGAUUCAACAGAAUCCGACAUGUAGAUGAUGCUAUUAGGAAUUUAACAAAUUUACAGAUUUUAAGUUUACGAGAAAAUAAAAUACCAAAGCUUCCGCAAGGAAUAGGAAAAUUAGUCAAUUUAGUCACAUUUGACAUUUCACAUAAUCACUUAGAACAUCUACCAGAAGAAAUUGGUAAUUGUGUAAAUCUAAGUUCCCUUGAUCUCCAACACAAUGAAUUAGUUGAUAUUCCAGAAACAAUAGGAAAUAUGAAGAAUUUAUCCAGAUUAGGUUUAAGAUAUAAUAAUUUAAGUAGUAUUCCAAAGUCCUUAGCUAAUUGUGUUCUGAUGGAUGAAUUCAAUUUGGAAGGAAAUAAAAUUUCGCAGUUACCGGAGGGACUGUUGUCAAAUUUGACUCGACUGAAUUCCAUUACAUUGUCAAGAAAUGCAUUUCAGUCUUAUCCUUCAGGAGGGCCAGCUCAGUUCUGUUCUGUUUAUUCAAUAAACAUGGAACACAAUCAGAUAAAUAAAAUUCCACUAGGAAUAUUUUCACGAGCAGCCAGUUUAACGAAGCUCAACAUGAAGGAUAACCAGCUUACAUUCUUGCCAUUAGAUAUCGGUACUUGGGUAAAUAUGGUAGAACUGAAUUUAGGAACAAAUCAGCUGACAAGAGUUCCUGAUGACAUUCAGAAUCUAGAGAAACUUGAAGUCCUCAUUCUUAGUAAUAAUUUAUUAAGGAGAUUACCUCCAAGUAUAGGCAACUUGAAAAGAUUGAGGGUUCUUGAUUUAGAAGAGAAUAAGCUAGAAUCACUACCUCAAGAAAUAGGUCAGUUACAAGAAUUGACAAGAUUAGUUGUUCAGUCAAAUCAACUGACAAGCUUACCCAGAGCUAUUGGAUGCCUGUCCAAGUUAGAGUACCUUGGUGCUGGAGAAAAUAAUCUCACUUCUCUUCCUGCAGAAAUAGGGUCAUUAGAGAACUUAGAAUCACUGUACAUUAAUGACAACCCAGAUCUUCACAGUUUACCAUUCGAGUUGGUGUUAUGUGGAAAUCUACAGAUAAUGAGUAUAGAGAAUUGUCCAUUAAGUCAGAUUCCACCAGAAAUAGUGGCAAAAGGUCCCUCACUGGUCAUACAGUACUUGCGUAUUCAGAGUCCAUACAGCUGUCAGAUGUAACGUCAGUGAUCAACAAGGUCAUGUGGUGCUCUGAGGGAUACAUCGUACAUGUUUUGUUUUUAUAUAUAAAAACUGUGAUGAAAAUAGGGACCAUCUCAAAACUUGAUGGUGCAAAAUUAUAUAGUUUUCAAAGAUAUUUUGAAAAAUAGAGGCUUGUGGUGUGUGGCUAUACAAUAAUAUUGUACUAAGUUUAUGAAUGGUAGUUUAGACCUGUUUUCUGGGUUUUAAAUACAUAUGUUAAUGACAGUAUUAUCUGUGUCAAGACCUUCGAUUUUCAGUUAUAAUAUGUAUAGGGCUUGUUCUAAUGAAAUAGAUGUUUUUGGAAUUAUUAAGGUUACAGCAUGAUACAUUGUUUUUACGCACAUUGUGUUAGACUGUAAGGUGACAUA